UAGCCCAAGUAGGAGCCUUUCAAAGAGUCAAUCGGCGGAAUAUAGCACUCGCACUGCAAAUGUGUUGUGUAGUGUAAAGUGCUACGAUAGCGAAAGUGCAAACCAAGACACACCGUCAAAUAUUUGUGUAUGUGUGUCUGUGUGUGUGAAUGGGUGUUAAAGUGUGUUUCCCACACGGAAAUUCAAGCGUGGCAUAGCUUCACCAAUAUUUUUUGGCCGUUCAUGCUGGAGGGAGCUGCGCGCUGUUCUCAUGAAGCACAACACAAAUACAACUCCACCUAUAUUUGGAUCAAAGCAAUCAAAUUAAAUAAGUUUUGUGUGCUAAUAAAGAAAAUUCGUGAAGCGUUAUAAAUUGGUGCCAAAGCAAAUCCAUACAAAUAAAUGUUAAGCAAACACCACCGACUUGGUCAAUUCAAUCCAAUUCAAUUACCUAUCCCAACAUCAAUUGUGUGAAGAUAAUCAAUUAAAAAUUCAUUUUUAAAUUCUAUUUAUUGCGACUCCGAGCAAAUCAAUUAUAUUUUCCGAAAAGUUCUUUAAAUUGCAAUUUGAAAACCUCAGAAACGUAAGCCUCAAAAUCGCUAACAAGAAUUUGCUGCAGCUGCAACACCCACCACAACAACAUUGCAAAUAUGUUUAACUUUUGGAUAAUCGUUUUAUGUCUAGGAUUACUAGCAACUAAGCCAACAAAUGGACAAUCGGACGUGGAUGUGCAAUUAGUAGUGCCGAGGUAUGUGGAGCGAGGAUCAAGUGUCACAUUCAAGUGCAAGCAUAACGUAAUACCGGAAAUAUUAUUCAAGGUGACAUGGCUCAAGGUGGAGAAGGGCAAGUUUUUCGAGUUCAUAAACGGCCGCAAUCCGCCGUUCCGUAAUUCAACUAUUGAAGGAGCCGAAAUUGAUUGGGAAAACUCGAACGAAACUCAAGUGACAUUGAAAGAUGUGCAGUUUGAUCUGUCUGGCCAAUUUUACUGUGAGGUCUCAACGGACACGCCCAUCUUUACCAAAGCCAGCGCUGAUGAGCUAAUGAGCGUUUUCUUGCCGCAGACAGGACCACCCACCAUCAAGUUCCGAAAACGUACACCCUUUGCCGUUGGCGAGAAACUGUUCGCCCUGUGCAACACGACUCGAGGGCGGCCCGCUCCGCAUAUUACAUGGUUAAUCAAUGGCAAGAAGGUCGAGGAGAAAUUCAUUCGCACACAUCAUGUUCACUCGUUCAACGGCAAGCAUCAGCGUCGCACACAGCAGCAGCCGACAUCUCUGACUCAACAGCAGUUGCAGCAGUACUACCAGCAGCAAUACUACAACCAAUAUCAACCUCAGUAUCACGUGCCCCACUAUAUCGAUCGCUACGACAAGAGCCUCCGCUGGGGCGGUUCUCGUCCAAUUGAUGAAUUCUCACAGUAUGCGCCACAUCACGGACACGACGGUCAUGGACAUCAUGGCAGCCUUGGCAAUAUGCACAACAAUCCGUUCGGUAUGCUGGCCAAUUAUCAUGACAUCGGCGAGAUACACGAGAUACACCAACGCAACUAUGAUAUAAGCAAGAAGCAGAUGGAGCUGAAAAAGCAGCAGAUGGAGUUGAAAAAACACAGAAACUCCAACCGAAAGUUUCGCCGUCAUAUUAAUGAAAAUGCGCUCGGCAUUAUUCGCAGUACCUUGAACAGCGGCGGUUUCGGCCCUCAGGCACCGAACAUUAACAAGGAACUGGGUAUCCCUUCAAAUGCCGGACCAAUGAACCAGUUGGCAGCUGGCUAUCAGCGUCCGCUGUCUCAUCCUGGCGGAGGCAGUGCCGUAGCCGCCGCAGCGGCGGCAGUGACCGCCGCUCAGAUGGAGAAGGGCAUGUUCAGCAUUAGUCAGCUCAACCUGGAGAUAACGGAACAGCACGUGGGCAGCAAUGGUCGCAUGGAGAUCACAUGCCUGUCGACAAUACCAGCGACGGUUGGACAAGGCGAGCAGUAUGCCGAUUACAAAACGUAUUCGGUGAAAGUGGAGGUAGAGCGACACCAGGCGUCCUCCACGUCAACGGCACCACCUAGUAUUGGAAUGGCUGCUCUAGGCAAUGGUAACGGGCACGGAAACGAGACCUCUGCCGGCUGGCGGGCGCGUGGGGCUGUCCUAACGCAUCUGUGGUCGCUGGCGCCCCUGCUGAUAUUCGUUGUGCUACCACUGAGCUAUUAGGAAGGGCCAACGGUAAAAGUUGCAACACAAACUGCUGUAGGAGAGCAGACCACCGACGUAGUAAAGGUACAGUAAACAAAAAUAAGGGCACCGAUUGCAGCAGCAAGCAAAAACAAAAGACAGACACAGCAACAACAACAACAGUCGCACACAAGCUAUUUGGCUUUCACACAUUUAUUGUAGACCAAAUUUAAUUUAAUUCGGUGUAAUUAUGCUGAAGACAAGCGAAGUGUGUGAAGAACAGUAAACCAAGCAAGCUAUUUAGAGCGAGUGCAUAAACAAUAAUAUUUUUUGCCUCGUUCUGGCAAGCUAAUUAAACGAGUUUUUUUGUAAAUAAUUGCUGGACUGCAAUUUUGGUAUUUAAAAAAAUAACAAAGUGAAGAAAAUAUUUGUAAUUAAAUUGCAGUCAAAUGAGAACAAUGCGAAUCUGUUUCAUUUUCAACAGAGGCAAUUUUGUAGCGUAGCGAAAUUUGUGCAAUGCUUACAAUUGAAGAUACUCUUGUUCCAGGUCCGGAGGAUGUCCUGAGAAAAGCAAAUUAACAAAAAGACAAACGGUUAGUUUGGUAUUUGAAGGUCAUCCAGUUGAGUUUUGGGCCUGGCUAAAUAUUUGUGAAAAUUCAAAAAAAAAAACAAAAGAUUAUCAAAAAUAAUAGAAAAAAACAUUUAAACUAGUUUAACAGAGUUUACGGCUAACUUAAGCAGUCGCCAGACGGCUCCGGUUCUUGUACCUAAAAUGUAAACAAAUAAUAAAAAGUUAUGCAAACAAAUUGAUAUUUUUUAUGGUAUUGUAACGCUUUGGCUAAUCAGCGAGAUGGCAAAUCUAUGGCUAAGAUUCGGGCGAAAUUGAAUUUGGGCCCUAGCUACAGAAAAUUAAUUAACCCCCACAAACAAAAUUAAAUGUUUAAAUGUAAAAUAAUUAGACAGUUAAACCAAGAAGCUUACAAAUACAAUCAGUGUUGAAAACAUUUUGAGAAAACCUAAACCAAAAACAAAUGCAAAACAAAAAACAAUACGAAACAAAAGAAAAUUAAAGACAAGGCGUUGAAAUGGUCGCAAUCUGCCGCACGUGGCAAAUCUAAAAAAGGGUCACCUUAAAGGGGUCAACCCGCAAUGACGCGAAAUUCGCCUGUCCUGGUUUCGGGACACCCAGUUCACUCCACUCACACAGCUUAUUUAUUUGCAUUCGUUUAGUCUUUAAUUGCGCUCUGUAAAUUGUUAUUAUAGUAAUGGAUCUGUCUAAUAAGUGCGAGUAGUUAGGAAAAUAUUUUAAUUUGCUUUUCAGAGUUCGUUCUUUUUGUUACAAUGAGGCGAGAUAUUUCUAUAUGGGUGUUUAGAAGUAUAUUUAAACGAUAUUUUUAAAAGCGCUUUAAAUGUCUAUUGCUAACUGAAAACUCCAAACGCGUAGCACUCAUUGUAAGAUGUAUCUAUAGCAACUAAGUCAGAAAGCGAUGUAAGAAAAACCAAAGAAAUUAGCACAGCGCAAAGUAAAUAUAUGUAAAGCAAGUAGCAACUUAGAAUAUACAGUAUAUAAUAUACACAUAUCUAAAAUAUGCGUCUACAUAAGUGUGUAACUAUUUAGAAGUUAGGUAAUUAUUUUUAACUCCACAACAAAUAAAGAGAAAUGAAAAAUGUAUAAAAUUUAUUAC